AGCUAGGCCGCCCCAGCCCCAGGUACCCAGCCUCAGGUACCCAGUCGAUAGGCAGGUGGUGGUACGGCAGGUGUCUCAGCUCGGUACAGUAGGUACCUAGUAGCUAGCACCUCAUCGCUACUCUGCAUCACAAUCUCUCUUCCUCCAUCUCUCUCUCUCUCCCUCUUUCUCUCUCUCCCACCCACUCUCACCACUCCCUCUCCCCCAAUUCCACCUGCAAUGUCCGUCUCCAAGGGCCUCGUUGUGGCCGCCGCCGCGCUCUCGGGCGUCUCUGCCCUCCAGCUCCCCCAGAUCCACCUGGGCGGCUCCGGCGCAAGCUCCAGCAGUGAUCUCGCCAACCUGCCCGUCAUCGACACCAAGGCCCUCCAGGAGCUCAUCACCGCCGACAACCUCGAGGCUCGCGCCAAAGAGUUUUACAAGAUCGCCAAGCUCGGCGAGGGCGAGUACAACCACCCGACGCGUGUGAUUGGCAGCAAGGGUCACGAAGGCACUCUGUCGUACGUCACUGCCGAGCUUGCCAAGCUGGGUGACUUCUACAGCGUCUCUAAGCAGCCCUUCCCUGCCGUCUCUGGCAACGUCUUCGAGUCCCGCCUAGUUAUCGGCAACCAUGUUCCCAAGGACGCUUCCCCCAUGGGCCUGACCCCUGCUACCGCCCACAGGGAGCCCGUCUACGGCGAUUUGGUCGUCGUUAAGAACGAUGGCUGCGACGAGUCCGACUUCCCCGAGAACGUCAAGGGCAACAUUGCUCUCAUCAAGCGCGGAACCUGCCCCUUCGGCACCAAGUCCGAGAACGCCGGCAAGUCUGGUGCCGUUGCCGCCAUUGUCUACAAUACCGACAAGGACGAGGUUCACGGCACUCUGGGCACGCCCUCCCCCAACCACGUUGCCACUUUUGGGCUGUCUGGCAAGGAGGGCCAGGCCAUCACCAAGCGCCUCAACGAUGGCGAGAAGAUUGACGCCAUCGCCUACAUUGAUGCCGUGGUCAACACCAUCUCCACCACCAACAUCAUCGCCCAGACCCGCGACGGUGAUCCCAACAACUGCGUCAUGCUUGGUGGCCACAGCGACAGUGUCGCCGAGGGGCCUGGCAUCAACGACGACGGAUCCGGCAGCAUCUCGGUCCUCGAGGUCGCCACUCAGCUGACCAAAUUCAGCGUCAACAACUGCGUGCGAUUUGCCUGGUGGGCUGGAGAGGAGGAGGGCCUCCUGGGUAGCGACCACUACGUUGAGGUGCUUCCGGAGGACGAGAACAAGAAGAUCCGCCUCUUCAUGGACUACGACAUGAUGGCCAGCCCCAACUUUGCCUACCAGAUUUACAACGCCACCAAUGCCGAGAACCCUGCCGGUUCCGAGGAGCUGCGGGACCUGUAUAUCAACUGGUACGAGGACCAGGGUCUAAACUACACCUUCAUUCCCUUUGAUGGCCGCAGCGACUACGAUGGAUUCAUCCGAGGUGGCAUCCCCGCCGGAGGAAUCGCCACCGGCGCUGAGGGCAUCAAGACCAAGGAGGAGGUUGAGCAGUUUGGCGGCAAGGCCGGCGACUGGUAUGACCCGUGCUACCACCAGCUCUGUGACGAUCUUAACAAUGUCAACUACACGGCUUGGGUCGUCAACACCAAGUUGAUUGCCCACUCUGUCGCCACUUAUGCCCUUUCUUUCGACGGCUUCCCUGAGCGCACCGAUGAGGAGGUGACGGUGAGCUCGUACGACAAGAAGGUCAAGUACCACGGCAGCAAGCUCAUCAUGUAAGCUGAUGACUGUUUAAAGGCACACGUUGCCUUGAUGUGCAUUUUGGAUGUUCCUAUAUUUGUUGUUUUGCAUUGCCUUGGCUAUUUGGUUAUUCCUGGAUCUAAUUUGGU